UAAUACGUAUCGAUCAACGUAUCUCUUUCCAUUGAAAUGGCUCAGACGUUGAGGGAGAGGGAUAGAGCCGACGGUCCGGCCGCAGUCCUAGCCAUUGGAACGGCCAACCCUCCGAACACGGUCCUUCAAGCCGAAUACCCCGACUACUUCUUCCGCAUCACCAACUCUCAACACAUGACCCAUCUCAAGGACACGUUCAAGCGCAUGUGCGAGAAGUCGAUGAUAAGGAAACGUCACUUGCACAUGACAGAGAAUUUCCUGAAGGAGAACCGUAACCUCUGCGCUUUCAUGGCUCCAUCACUCGACGCUCGCCAGGACGCGUUGGUGGUGGAGGUCCCUCGGCUCGGCAAUGGCGCGGCCGUUAGAGCCAUCGAGGAAUGGGGUCAACCCAAGUCCAGCAUCACUCACCUCGUCUUCUGCACCACAGCAGGGGUCGACAUGCCAGGAGCCGACUACCAGCUAGCCAAGCUCCUCGGCCUCCCCCCAUCUGUCAAACGAAUCAUGCUGUACCAGCAGGGCUGCGCCGCCGGCACUGCAGUCCUCCGCCUGGCCAAGGACCUAGCCGAGAACAACCGUGGCUCCCGAGUCCUCGUCGUCUGCUCCGAGAUCACCAUCAGUACCUUCCAUGGCCCUUCUGAAGCCCACACCGACAUUCUCGUCGGUCAGGCCCUCUUCGGUGACGGCGAUGCAGCUGUCAUCGUCGGCUCCGACCCCGACACAAAUCUUGGAGAGAACCCCAUCUUCGAGCUGGUCUCGACGGCUCAAACAAUCAUCGCAGACUCAGAAAAUGCCUUACUCGGUCACUUGAGAGAAUCAGGGCUAGCGAUCCACCUCUCAAGAGACAUACCUAGACUGAUCUCCGACAACAUUGAGAAGAGCCUGGCGGAAGUGUUCGAGCCACUUGGGAUAAGAGACUGGAACUCUGUAUUCUGGGUGGUGCACCCUGGUGGUUCUGCCAUCUUGGACCAGGUCGAGGCCAAGCUUCGUCUGAAUCCCGACAAAAUGCGAGCCUCACGCCAAGUACUGAGUGAGUACGGCAACAUGGCGAGCGCGUGCGUGCUCUUCGUCCUCGACGAGAUGCGGCGGAGAUCGGCGGAGGAUGGGGCCGGAACCACCGGAGAGGGAUUGGAGUGGGGGAUCUUGAUGGGAUUGGGACCGGGUAUCACUGUCGACGCCGUCCUCCUCCGCAGUGUCCCUAUCCAGUCAAAGUCGUGAUAGAAUCUAUGAUAUAUUUAAUAUCAUAAGACGGCUAUUAUAUUGAAUAAAAGGCUUUCGUUUCCUUC